AGUACCCCAUUUCUUCGAAUUUUCUACAAUCAUGUAAAGUCUUCGCAUAGACCCAAUCUUUGUUUCGCUCUCUCGUUCCCUUGCUUUGAUUUUUCUAUCUACUCUCACUCAACAACUUUGCAAGCAAGUGGAAGCUUCCGAGUGAGUCAAACCAACACAUUGUCACAUUUCAGCUGAAACCCAGGAUUAAUUGCGAUUGAUUGAAGGGAGAAGAAGGAGGAGAUUGUAACUUGAAUUCUUUUGAAAUUUCGGUUUUAUUACAUUUUUAGGAAUUGAAUUUGAUCUAUCAAAGAUGGGUGGGCAAUCUAGCAAGAUGAUGAUUGAUGGUACCAAAAUGGGUACCCAUUCUCUGUAUGCUGCUGAUUUGAGCUCUUAUGAAGCUGAAUGUGUUAAAGAUCCAAACUUGCAAUGUUUUGAUGAGACCAUUAAAGAACACACAAAUAGGGUUAUAAGUUCCCUUGCUAAUGGUGUUGAGGUUAGGUCUUUAUCUUUUGAUUCACUAAGAGAAGUUACCGAUAGUUUGCUUGAGAUGAAUCAGGAAGUAGUUAAGGUUAUUUUGGAUUGCAAGAGAGAUAUUUGGGGUAACAAGGAUUUGUUCUCUUUGGUUAAUGAUUAUUUUGAUAAUAGUCUUCAGACGUUGGAAUUCUGUAAUUCACUUGAGAAAUGCUUGAGACGGGCGCGAAAAAAUCAAGUGAUGGUCAAGUCAGUAAUUACCUAUUUUGAAGAAGAGGUGCAAAAUGGGCUUGAAGGGGGGACUUGUGUGAAGACAUUGCAAGAGCUUAAGAAAUUUAAGGAUGCCGGGGAUCCUUUUACUGAUGAGUUUUAUUUGUUGUUUCAAUCGGUUUAUACGCAGCAGGCAACCAUGUUGCAGAAAUUGCAAAUCAGAAAGAGGAAGCUUGAUAAGAAAUUGAAAUCCCACAAGACAUGGAAGAGGGUUUCAAAUGCAAUUUUUGUUGCUGCGUUUGUUUCUGUGUUGAUUUUCUCAGUAGUAGCUGCUUCUAUUGCUGCACCGCCUGUUAUAACGGCUUUGGCUGCAGCGUUGGUUGUUCCAAUAGGGUCAGUCGGAAAAUGGUGUAACUCACUUUUUAAGGGCUAUGAGAAGGCUCUAAAGGGACAAAGGGAAGUAGUCAGCUCAAUGCAGCUUGGCACUUACAUUUCAUUGAAGGACUUGGACAACAUUCGGUUGCUUACCAACAAAUUGGAACUACAGCUUGAAUCUUUGUUGCAGAAUGCUGAUUUCGCACUUAGAAAUGAGGAUGUGAUAAAGCUUGCGAUUGAUGAGAUUAAGAAGAAUAUAGAAACGUUUUCAGAGACGUUGGAGACUCUAAGUGCACGCGCUGAUAAAUGCAGUCGGCAGAUAAGGAAAGCGAGGACAGUUGUUAUACAAAAUAUAAUCAAAAGACCUGAUUGACAUGAGGUCCCUUUUGAUUGUUUUAUUGAUUACAUUAUCUUCAUGGCAAAGCUACAAUUUGGGAAGUAUGAUUCAACACCAAGAUCAUAACUUCAAUAAGAUGAAAUUAGAACCUGUGCAGAACAUUUAUAUAUUUAUUAUCAAUAUAUUAUAUAUAAAUGAAGUUAGAACCUGUGUAGAACAUUUAUAUAUUUAAUAUAACUUUUAGUCUUAUGUAUAGAUAUUUGGAUUAUACAUAGUUACAAAUGUGUUUGCUGUUGUCUGCUUGGUUGUGUCUGAUAUCACUAUUGUUAGAUGAAAUUGACAUCAUCUAUACUCUAGCCUAUAGUUAAGUAAUGAUUUCAUGAGAGCUCACAUAACAAGCUUGGACUUCAUGGAAGCACAAAACUAGUCAACCAGAAAACUUGAUCAUGGAAGAAACUAAUGAUAGAAUAAGAAUCAGAUCAUCUUUUCAAAGAAUAAUCCUAUUUCACACUUCUUUAAGAGAUAGAACAAAAUUCAGUUGAUGAAGCUUUAUCAGAAGAAGGGUGGAUAAUGGUCGUGAAAGAAGAGUUAAAUCAAAUCUAAAGGAAUUAUGUUUGGGAUCUAGUUCUACCUCUAGAAGAAAAAUAACCGAUUGAAAUAACAGAUUGGAAUCAAUUGAGGACGAAAAUGGUAAGGUGGUAACAAACCGAUGCAAAACACUAUUGUGCACAAGAAGGUAUUGAAUAUUAUAAUGAAACUUUUUGCUUA